AUGUCUACUCUUGAAGAUAAACUCCUUUGGGAAAAAGCUGACGAAGAAGGUUUGGAAGAGCUUGGUCAAGAAAUUUUAAGAUCUAGUACCGAAGAUAUUAAUAAUCGCACACGUUUACUUGACAAUGAAAUGAAGUUGCUUGAUAUGGAUCCAAAUGAUGAGCCAGAAGAAGAUGGUGCAAAUAUAGAUCUUGAUGCACACCGUAAAGGAAAAUGUGCUACUAUUUUCUUGCCUUUGAUUGGUCUUGUUGAUCCUGCUACUAUCAAGCCAGGUGACUUGAUUGGUGUAAAUAAAGAUAGUUAUCUAGUAUUGGACACAUUACCAGCAGAGUAUGAUUCUCGUGUUAAAGCUAUGGAAGUUGAUGAGAAACCAACAGAAGAUUAUAAUGAUAUUGGUGGUCUUGAUAAACAAAUUGAAGAAUUGGUAGAAGCUAUAGUUUUACCAAUGACACAUGCAGAAAGAUUUAAAAAUUUGGGUGUUCUUAUGUAUGGUCCUCCUGGCACUGGUAAAACGUUGCUGGCAAGAGCUUGUGCAGCACAAACUAAUUCUACAUAUUUAAAAUUAGCUGGUCCACAACUCGUACAAAUGUUUAUUGGUGAUGGUGCUAAACUUGUACGUGAUGCUUUUAAUUUGGCCAAAGAAAAAGCACCUGCUAUCAUUUUUAUUGAUGAAUUAGAUGCUAUAGGGACAAAAAGAUUUGAUAGUGAGAAAAGUGGUGAUCGUGAAGUACAAAGAACUAUGUUAGAAUUGUUAAAUCAACUUGAUGGUUUUAGCAGUGAUGAAAGAAUUAAGGUAAUUGCUGCUACAAAUCGUAUUGAUAUUUUGGAUCCUGCACUUUUACGAUCAGGUCGUCUUGAUCGUAAAAUAGAGUUCCCCUUACCAAAUGAAGAAGCCCGUGCUCGAAUUCUUCAAAUUCAUUCACGUAAAAUGACUGUCGGUAGUGAUGUAAAUUUUGAUGAAUUGGCACGUUGUUGUGAUGAAUUUAAUGGUGCUCAGUGUAAGGCUGUAUGUGUUGAAGCUGGUAUGUUGGCUUUAAGAAGAGGUGCUACUGAAUUGAGUCAUGAGGAUUUCAUGGAUGGCAUUCAAGAAGUUAUGGCUAAAAAGAAAACUUCUUUACAAUAUUAUGCAUAA